AUGAAUAGAAGAGGGUACAAGUUCUUAGUCGAAGCCACCAUCUUGAAUGUUUAAUUAUUAGUACAUUUUCCCUGCAAGGUUCAAGUUGUCAUUAAAAAAGGUAUUCGAACAUUUUAGUUAUUUUUUAGGUUCUUAAAAGUUUGAAACCCAGCAAAACUAUGAAUUAUAAUAGGGUAUAGCUAUUAUUAAUGAAAAUUUGCAAUUUAAUAUAAAUGCUACUCUGACGCAAGAUGGAAACAUAGAAGAAAAUAAAGCCUAAUUAGUUGUUAUAUUAGUGACUGAAAAAGGAUAGAAAAGCGCUGGUUUUUAUAACCUUGAAUUCUCCCAAUAUUUGAAUUCAUAAAACUUAGGUACAAUAGAUUUUUUUAAGAUUCAACUUAGAAUUUUAAGAAGCAUUAGCGUUAGACAAGUGUCCAGAUAAAAAAGCAAAAUUAUUGGUUAACUUUAAGAUAACUAGAUUGGCUGAGCUUGAGAACGAGUAUUAUAUACAAUUUACAAUAGCGUUGAAACUAAUGAUUAAUCUUUAGAUUUAUCAUAAGUUUCUGUUAUCACUUCUGGCCAAGAAUCAUUUAAUAAUUAAAGUUUAUAAAAGUCCCCAGACUAAGUUUUAUUACCAGAAAAAAAAUUAGAUGAAUCUGGAAUGAAAUAAAAGACACCAGAAAUUGAAAAUUAGUUAUUAAUCAAUAAAGAUGUCAAAAUUAAUGAAUAAAAUAAAUUUAUUUAAUAACUUGAGAGUAAAAUUAAUGAUAUGGUUGAACAAGAAAUCCAUUAGAACAUGAUAAAAACAUAUGAAUAAUAAUUAAAGGAUUAAGAUAAGAAGAUUUAAUUAUUUCACGAUGAUAAUGCAUAAAUUAAUUUAUAAUUGUAAGCUUAAAGACUUACGAUUGAAAAGUAAAAUGAAGAACUGUCUAAAUUAAAUAAAUAAAUUCAAGAAGAGAAGUCUAAAUCAAAAUCUAGUAAUAGCUAAAAUUCACAACAGAGCGCAGAAUAUGUGAUUCAAUCGGAUUUACAAAAAAUAAACUCAGAAAAAGAGGAAUUAAAAGAAUUAAAUGAGUCUUUGGUCCAAAAAAUUAAUUAAAUUAAUCAAGAAAUUGAAGCCUUGAAAAAUUAAGUCACAGAGAAAAAUUAAUAAAUUCAGAAUAUGAAAAAUUUGACAUCUGGAACAAUCUCUGCAUUGUAAUAGCGAAAUUUAUUAUUGGAGAAAGAAUUAGCUGAAUAAAAGGAUAUCAAUUCAAAACAUGCAGAUGUAAAUAUUUGUGUUUUUUAUUGUAGUAAUAGUCAACUAAUGCUAUUUAAAAUGAGAAUUUAAUUGAAGAUUUGUAAUCAGCCUUAAAGCUUAAAUAAUAAGAGUUCGAAAAUUUACAAUAAAAAUAUGAAUCUGAAUUGGCCAAAAAGGAUGAGAUAGUUCAAAGUUUAUAAUAGAAAAUGGAUGAAUCUUUUAGAAAAGAUGUUGAAUCUAAUAGAUUAAGCCAUGAAUCAAAAACUUAGAUUAUAUCCUCUGAGAAAUAGAUAGAUGAAAUAAAUGUUAGAUCUAAAUCAGAGUAAUAAAUAAAUAGAUUGAAAAAUCAAAUAUAAAUAUGGUAAUCCAAAUAUGAGAGUAAUCAAAAAACCCUAAGUGAUUACAAUAGCGAAGUCUAAUACUUAUAGAGAUCAGUUGAGGAUGUGCCAAGCUUCUUAGAGGAUCAAAAAGAACUUGUUGAGCCUCUCUUAUUGUUAAGAAGAGCCAUUCAAAGAAAACUGCAGAAUUAUAAUCUUACUCAAUAACACUUUGAGUCAAGAGUAUAAUAAUUAGAAUAAGAAUUAGAAGUUUGCUAAUACAAAUUAAAAUUGGAAUAAAGCUAAUAAGUAAUAUAAUAUUAAAUAUUGAGUUCUCUGAUCCAAAAUAUCAAUCGCAAACUUACACCAAAAACGAUGAAUUUGCUAAGCUUAAAGAAACCAUAGAACAGUAUGAAUUAUUUCAUAAAUAUCAUAGAAAGAAUGAAUAAUUGAAAAUUCUACAAUUACAAAUAGAUCAAUAGAAAUAAUAGGAAUCUGAAACUUUAAAGUCCUCUGAAGAGGCUAAAGCCCAACUUGCUAGUAUGAGAACAAACUUUGCAAAAUGUAAACAGUAAUUAGCAGAGUCUAUGUAGGAAAAGGUUUUCCUAUAAGCCAAACUAGCUGAGUAAUAAAAAGCCUUAAAGGAGAAAAAUCAAGAAAUUCAAAAAGAGCAGGAUCUUAUUUCUGAACUUGAGCAAUAUAAUAUCUAAAUGGAAGAAGCACUUUCACAAACUCUUGAUUAGUAUAAGUUAUAAAACACAUAAAUGAAAUAAGCUUAUGAGAAAGAAAAAAAACUCAGAUCUGAACUUCAAGUGUAACUUAAAACUUUGAAGGAGGAAUCAACAAAAGCUUCCAAAGGUGACUUGCCUAAACCUAAGAAUGCUGAAGAAAAGCAAUAAUAAUGUAAUUGUAAAGAAAAGAUUUAAACUUAUGAGCAAAAAAUAGCUGAAUUAGAAUUUUAAUUAUCAGAUCUAUAAUUAUAGAGAUUAGAUAAAGCAAUUUAAAGAAACAGUAUUGCUUAAAUAAGAACUAGUAUACUAGUAAGUCAUAGAGAAUCUUUAGCUUUCUAAUAAAUGGAGGAUGCAAAUACCAAUAAUAAUAAAGGAAAUGAAACGACUAAAACUAAGGAUUUAGAAGAUUAAAAUGUUAAUGCUACAGAUGAGCGAUUCAAAAUAUCAAAAGAGUAUCAGACAAUUUUGGAAAGGGCUUUGUUAACCAACACCUAAAUAGAGAAUAAAUAUAAGAAUUAAGUAAAGGAACUAGAAGAUAAGAUUGAAAUAUAGGCGUAAUCGUUAGUCAAAAUGAAAUUAGAGAUGGCUGACUUGUAUAGUGCAGCAAUUGAUAUUGGUGGGGCCAUGCUGGUAGAUAAGUUGCAGAUUGCCUUAGGGAUCAGAGAAUGA